UCUCGUGGAUAAGAUUCACUACGUGCGGCUUCACCACCGCUCAAGAAGGCUCUCUAUUUUUUAAAGAAAAAAUUGAAGUUCAAAACGCAACGCACUCACCUCUUCUGUAGCUGCGAUGUUUGAUGAUUGAAUGCCUGAUACAAAAAAAGAGAAUAAAUCAUGGCGAUUGCUUCUUGUUUUAAUCCAUUGAAAUUCCAUGGAUGUGAGAUAUUUGGAGCUCUUCUUCAUAGAUCCAGUAUUCGUCCUCUCGCCUCUGCAAAUGUUGCGAUGAAGCCUCUGGUGAUUGAAGCAAGAGCGAAUCAACGGACGGAGAGCCCGAAAAUUCGCAACAGAAGAACAAGGAAAAAAUUUAACGGAACAGCAGCGCGGCCGAGGCUAUCGGUAUUCUGUUCGGAGAAGCAGCUGUAUGCAAUGCUGGUUGAUGAUCAGAAUAAGAAGUGUUUGUUUUAUGGAAGCAGUCUGCAGAAAACAGCGCGAAAGGAUCCUUGUUGCUCCACUGCUGAGGCAGCAGAGCGGGUUGGGGAAGAGCUGAUCAAGGCUUGUGAAGAUCUGAACAUAAUGGAGAUAUCAUCGUAUGAUCGGAAUGGGCUGAGUGUGGGACAGCGGUUGCAAGCCUUUGAAGUUGCGAUUGGUCGAUAUGGUUUCUUGAAUCGCUAGAGAUGUCCGUUCUGGUUUUUGCUUGCUGUCUAGAAGCAAAUGUGUGUGCUAACUGCUACAAAACAGCAAACUUUAACCGUUUCAAUUGUAACCUUUUUUAUUUUGUUGGAAGAAAAAAAGUGUCCUGCAUCCCGUGUACUUAGCUCAUUCACAAUAGGGAGCUGUCCCACUGGCGGUCGGGACGGCUCCUUUUGUGGCAGCCGAGCUGUGGGAGGGCGGUGGCCGGCGCCGAGGGAACGGGCUUGGCUGUGGGCGGACGGCGCUCUCUCGGUGCCUAUUGCGCGCCGAGCGGGAGCCGUCCCGAAUGUUUCCUAUUAAUUUUUUUUUAUGUCAACUCUAUAUAUACAACUCAUUGCACUUUA